GAACACCGUAGGUGCUACUGUAUCCUGAGCCCUUAGUAAGUUCCAAGCGUUGUCCAUAAUCUCCGCCUGCUAACAGCCCUGCAAAAUAGGUGCUGUUAUUAUCGACACUUUACGCAUGAGGAAGCUUGAGGUUCGGAGAGGUGAAGCCUCUUACACCACUGGUAUCGGUAAUUAACACUGUGGACACCUCCCAUGAGGACAUGAUUCACGAUGCCCAGAUGGACUACUAUGGCACCCGCCUGGCAACCUGCUCAUCAGACAGGUCCGUCAAAAUCUUCGAUGUGCGAAAUGGAGGACAAAUCCUCAUCGCCGACCUCAGGGGUCACGAGGGUCCUGUGUGGCAAGUGGCCUGGGCCCACCCCAUGUAUGGGAACAUCCUGGCAUCCUGCUCCUAUGACCGGAAAGUCAUUAUCUGGAAAGAGGAGAAUGGCACCUGGGAGAAGACACAUGAGCACACAGGCCACGACUCCUCAGUAAACUCUGUGUGCUGGGCCCCCCAUGACUAUGGCCUAAUCCUCGCCUGUGGGAGCUCGGAUGGGGCCAUCUCCCUGCUGACAUACACCGGAGAGGGCCAGUGGGAAGUGAAAAAGAUCAACAAUGCUCACACUAUUGGCUGCAAUGCUGUCAGUUGGGCCCCUGCUGUUGUACCUGGAAGCCUCAUAGACCAGCCAUCGGGGCAGAAGCCCAACUACAUCAAGAAGUUUGCGUCAGGCGGCUGUGACAACCUCAUCAAGCUGUGGAAGGAGGAGGAGGAUGGCCAGUGGAAGGAGGAACAGAAGCUAGAAGCGCACAGUGACUGGGUUCGAGACGUGGCCUGGGCCCCCUCCAUUGGCCUGCCCACCAGCACCAUCGCCAGCUGCUCCCAGGAUGGUCGUGUGUUCAUCUGGACCUGUGAUGACGUCUCGAGCAAUACGUGGUCCCCCAAACUGCUGCACAAGUUCAAUGAUGUUGUGUGGCAUGUGAGCUGGUCCAUCACCGCCAACAUCCUGGCUGUCUCAGGCGGAGACAAUAAGGUGACCCUGUGGAAGGAGUCUGUCGACGGGCAGUGGGUGUGCAUCAGUGAUGUCAACAAGGGCCAAGGUUCUGUGUCCACUUCUGUCACAGAGGGCCAGCAGAACGAGCAGUGACAAGACAGGAAAGGCUCAGCUCCCCUCCUGCUGACUCCAGGACUGCCCUUUCCUGGACCAACUGACCAAACCGCUGGGAGGAAUAGCUCCAACAAGAUUCCUUCCCCAGGAGUAGUUACAAGUGCAACCAGAUAGAUCAUCUGCCUUAACAUGAUUUGAUAUGGUUUGUAAUUUACUGUCCUGCUGAAAGCACUCAUGUUAGGAGAAAAAAGCUACAAAUGAUCUUCAAAUUUAUUAUUUUAAAAUAUUUUUGGCCAUUUUUAUGUACCUUUUGGGUUUCAGGCAUUAUUUGGGGGGUUUUGUUUCCAAAAUAGUUAAAUAAAUUCAUAUUGCUUGUAA